GCGAAAUUCACAGAGGCCACAGAUGAAUUUUUUAUGGUGAAGUAACCACAAGCGCUUGCUCCUUUGCGAUAUGUUGUCGGGCCACAAUGCGCGUCCACAGGCGUUCUUUAUCUAGCGUUUCUCCACUUGUUGUGAGGUUUAAAAGGCGACGUUCUCUCCUCCACUUCUCUAUCUCUCGUCCUUUUGAUUUUGACGCUUCAUCUUAUCAUCUUAGCUACUUCAUAUCACUCGUUCAAAUUAUCGAUAUGUCUAUUGUCUCAUGCAAAAGUCUUCAAAUGUUGUUGGAUAGCGGGUCUAUCCUUCCGUGUUCUGAACCUGGAAUCGCACCCGAAGCCAUUACUAACACGGUCUCAGAAGACGUCCAAAGGUUUGCUCAUCCUGACGAUGUAGCCGCCAUGCAGGCUGAAUGGGCUCAGGUCUGCGCAGAAGAUGAAUUCCUAAAGGCGCAACAAGGGUCUUCGGCGUCUUUCCAGAACGUUCACAAUAAUCAGAUGUCAUUUCCGACGUUGAACCAGUUCUCCGCUCCGGUGGCUGGUCUCCCUCAGUUUCCUCCAAUGGACCAGAGCCAAUACUAUUUCCCGCAGUCCCCUGUCGUCCCUCAGGCCCCGCUAGAAGGCGUCGCAUGGUCCAAGCCUGAACACGAUGGUGGUUUGUAUGUGAAUGAACCUAAUUUUGCUCAAAAUUACUUCCCCCCCGUCGUCGACCUGGCGCUUUGGGCAGCGGGGGAUCCUCGCGCGUAUGGCCCCAGACAGCCGUUCUCUCAAGGGCAAAACGCGCACUUCCAGACGGAAAUGUCUAUCCCCUUGGCAACAGAACAUACCGGCUAUGCAUACCCUGGUGCUAUCACGAACACGAUGACGAAUGCUGAAACCUUAUUACCGCCCGCACCAGACUCUGACGCGACAAUGUAUCUGAGUAAUGACAACAGCUUAGAGCCUUCUUCCUCCGCUCCCGAUGGGACGACGCGUGCCAAACUUCGCAAGCGUAAAACUCGCCAUACCGUUCAAUCCGAGGAUGGUAGUUCGGGUUUGUCUCUCGUGCCAAGCACGCGCAAGCGCAGAUGCUUGGACGACGAAGAGGAUGAAGUCAGAGAGGGCAAGUUUGGUGCUUACAGACUAGCGGACGCCAGUGCCGUAGGUCAUGGCUAUGCCUGUUCACGACCCGAAGCCGGUAGACAUCAGCAGCCGCAGGACUCAUGACACAGACGGUAAUCUUCUUCGAACGAGGAGAUUUGGGGCGAUGGAACUCGACGAUUCCUACUCCAAGCGGUCCGUCAAGACUACCAAUGAACUACCUGCAGAGAUGACUUGCGUACGAGCAUGCGAUUGGACAGACCAGCCCUGCGGGCUGUUUGUAGAAAUGAGCAGGGUCCGCGUCGUGGAACACCUGUUGCACUGGCACGGUGUCAAAUCCAAAACUACGGCUCACU